AUGCACUCCGCCUUCCAGACCGUCCCUCUAGACUAUCAAACUCCUCCCUUCCCCUCCCUCUACAUCUCCGCAGGCCUCUAUCACCAAGGCGCUAAAUAUCUCUAUUACACGGGCGAUAUAUGGCGCUUCACGCUCUUCUGGACCCUGCUCUUCUACAUCGGCAUCCAUCUCUUUACUUCCCUCUGCGCUGCUGUGAUGCAAUGGCGCAGCUGGAAGCUAAUCUGGGCCGCGCCGCUGGUAUAUAUACUCGUCGCGGCGUUGGAGGCAUUGUUGGCUGGUAGUGUUGUCGGGCUUAUACUUGGAGCUGUCUAUGAAGCUGGCAACUAUCAUAUGUCGACAUGGAUACCGUUUUCGUGGGCGGCAACUAAUACACUUGUGCUGAUCCUGUCCAGUUUUUCGGUUCGAGGUGGACUGUGGCUAGGCACUUAA